AUGACACUUCAGUAUGAGUAAUCCCGUGCUCAAUCCAUUUAAUGCAAGAUCACGGCAAGGAAACAUAUAACCUAAUGCAAUCUGACUGAAAACAAUGUGGAAAAAUAUUUGGAAUAAGCUGUUCCUGGUCCUGAUGGUGGGGAACGUGUUUGUGCUCACUGAAACAAAGUAUACCAGCAGAGAUGGAAAAACUUGGAGAAGAAAACUGGAGUCAAAUCUUCGGCGGAACGCCUCGUCUGUCAGAAUUUCCCCGGAUCCAAUGAUGACAGGUUCAGAAUCAGCCGUGGUGUUGCCUGGUGCUGGUGACAUGGACUUUGAUAAAAAUAUUGAGGACAUGGUGUCCCAAGUCAGAAACAAUCCCAACUUAUCCAUUAGCAAAUGUGUGGUGGAUCGCAAACUCUGGAUGUCCAACAGUCGCAGCCUCUCUCCAUGGUCCUACAGAAUCAAUCACGAUGUAAACCGUAAACCGGUGGACGUCCCCGAGGCCGUGUGCUCAUGCGUGGGAUGCAUCAAUCCUUUCACCAUGCAAGAAGACCGCUCUAUGACCAGCGCACUUAUCUACACCAAGAUCCCUGUGCGAAGACGUCUGUGCCACCGGCCAACCAGGAAACCGAAAAAAAAGAAAUGCAUUCCCCGUUACAGAAUGGUGGUGGAGAGCAUCGCAGUGGGGUGCACGUGCAUCGUGGGGUAGCUGAGUGGGACCCACACAACUGUUUUACAGAAGAGGAAUUCUGAUCCUAAUUGUAAAUACUUUGAUUUUCUAUGUGUGAAAUAGUAAAGGAUGCAUUCACUCUGUUAAGUGAACUUAAAACACAAAGUUUUGAUGUAUGCCCUAUUAUGAAUAAAAAAUGUUCUAAAAGAUUUUAUGAUUCAAAUGAUUACAAGAGAUGUUCUCAUUUUGACAACAAAAAUGGGGAAAA